GCAAAACAUCCAACUGUAACAAAAAGCAGUAAAAGGAAACUUACAUAAGCACAUACAUGAAACUACACGUGAACUCGUUUGUUAAGCGUUUGUUAACUUAAACGUUUUCAGUUUCAAACCUUACAUCCUUUAAGAUGGCCACCCAGAGUCAGGUUCAGGUGCUGCUGGACUACCUGCCCAAGUCUGAAGGUCUUUUGCCUAAAUGGCAGCUCGUAGUCGCUACAAUGGCUGUGUUCAACACCAUUCAGAACUUUGCGACACUAAAGCUGACCCGCAGGCUCUAUGCCCGUGUUCCAUCUUCCUCAAUAACAGCACUUCAGGCCCGAACGUUUGCAGUUUGGACAUUAACAUCUGCAGUCAUACGGGGAUAUGCUGCAUACAAUAUCAACAACAAAACCAUUUAUGAUAUGGCUCUCCUCACAUACCUUAUCGCAUUCGGGCACUUCACCUCUGAGAUCUGCUUCUUCCGUACGGCUAAAAUCAAUAUACCUGUCCUGAGCCCUGUGAUUGUCUCCACUGCAUCUCUGAUUUGGAUGCUGAAACAGUAUGAUUUCUAUGUCGCAACUUGACCUGUGUAUAUGACGAGUGCUGAGGAUACCGAUGCCAUGUGUUUGAUUCCUCGAGGUAGUGGAGAUUGCCAAUUGAAUUGAUAUGCAGGCCAUUGAGUUCCGUGGCAAUAGUCGGCCA